CACACUCCUUCCUGCUUUCGUUCCCUUCCUCCAGCCUCCGUCAAAUCACAUACUUCAGCCAUGAAGCUCAUAUCAAUUAUCAUUGGUGCAGCUGCUCUGAUUGGUGGGGUCGCCGCACAGUCGUGCCCCGAGUCCGAGUUCUUGUUUGCGCGCGGCACCGGCGAGUCUGGGAAAAUCGGCACGACAGUCGGCAGGUCCAUGCAGACUGCGCUGCGUCGGGCCGCUGGCUCUCGCAUGACCGUCGUCGGAGUUGAAUACCCGGCCAACGACGAUUUCGAGGCAUCGUCCGCGGUUGGAACCACGUGGGUCGUCGAGUACGUGAAGAGGCGUGCCGUAGAAUGUCCCAACAUGAAGUUCGCUUUUGGAGGAUACAGUCAGGGUUGUCAGGUCUUCCAUAAGGCCCGUGCUGGUCUUGCAGAUCCUGCCAUCCAGAAACGGAUCAUCGGUGCUGCCCUCUUCGGUGACCCAUACAUGAUGGCGACGGGAACGCUGUCCAGGGUUCCUACCACAUGGGCCGGAAAGAUCCACGAUAACUGCGCCAGCGGCGACCCUGUCUGCGGAGGAGGAGAUAACUUCCUCGCCCACAUCACCGGAUACAGCUCCUCCACGGCCAGGAGUGCUGCGACCUUCCUUACCGACCGGUUGGAGGGACGACCUGGUAAUGCAAAGUCUCCCCUCAACGGAAACAACAAUAACCUGCCGGAUACCACUCCCUCUACUCCGUAA